UACUGCCCCAGGAAUUCCAGGAUGCAGGGAUGAUGUGUGCCUGGGAUGCAGGGAGGACGUGUACCCCGGAUCCUGGGAUGCAGGGAUGACGUGUGCCCAGGAUCCCAGGAUGAUGUGUGCCUGGGAUGCAGGACCGAAGUCUCUGUCCCCAGCCCAGAGAAGGAUUAUUUUGGCUGUGCCACGGGGACCACCUUGGGCUUCCCUCCAGGGAUGCUCACGCCAUACCCUAGCCCGGGCACCUGGGUCCCCUCACCAAGGGGUCUCGAGUGGGAUGGGACUUCACAGCACAAAGCCAACCCCCCACCCAAAAAGGACAAAACCCUCCCUUCCCCACACCCCAUCAUUGGAGCUAGGGGGUUAUCACAUGCCCUGUAGCAUCCACUUCAGCAUCCUUUCCCCGGGCUCUUGGGCCGCCUUGGUAAUGGUUGAGACCUGGAUCUGACCGUAAUGGAGCUGAAUUGAUUUCAUCUGGCUAAUUAGGCAGUGCAGGCAGGGCCCUGGCAGCUCCUUUGUUACCCACUGCGACCUGAGAUAAGCACGAGGAAAGUGGUGUCACAGGGGAAACUGACGCACGGUGCAAGGUGGGAGCAGCCGGUGGGGGGGUCCGUGGCAGUUGCCGAGGGGCUUGGGGCUGGCAAGGCGCACAGCUGUGCCGGGUGGCCAGGGCUGGAUGCGGCAUGAUGAGCGCUGGAGGAAACCGGAGCUGUCCCCAGCGUCCUGUGGCUCCCAGCCUGUAAUCCAUCCCCAAACCCUGCAGUGGGGCUGGAUCCAGCCCCCAGACUGGGGCUCUGGUCCCUCCAUCUGGCCCCAAAUCUUUGCUGAGGGUCCAGCACCAGGGACUUGGGGAGCCGGCGUGGGCAGGAUCCAGUCCCGCUCGAGAGCAGCCCAGCUGGCAGAGCCCCCCACCUGCUUCCUUGGGGUCUCUCUAAUCGCUGCCUGUGCUGAUUUAUGGCCUUUUUCCCUCUUAUCUAAUUUGAGGAAGGAACAAGAUUACAACCUUGAGCUUUUCCAGCCCCGCGCCGCAGAUAGCCGCAGACCAACGCCCCAGAAGGGACCAUACACGGUGGUGACACCCUCCCCCCCAAGCAAGUCAUCUCCGCAUCCAAACUUCCUGAGAGUGGCUCUGGCCCUCCCUCCACUUCCGACGGCUGCGCUGUGCCGUCCCGGCCGGCUGAGGCAACGGGCCAGGCCAGCCCCGCGUGGGGGGCCAUCGCACCCCAAACCCUACCUGCCACCACGGCCCCCGGCCAGGAUGGUGCUGUGGGCCGCGGUGCUGGCUAUGCACGCCUGCCUCCUGGCCGCCCUCCGCCCCAGCGACCCCAAUGUCUGCAGCCACUGGGAGAGCUUCACAGCGGCGGUGAAGGAGUCCUACACCAAACCCCACAUCGUGUCCUCCACCGAGCCCUGUCCCAGGGUGCUGGGCUCCCCCCUGCCCUGCCUGCAGCAGAGGAUAGUGUACCGCACCGAGUACCGGCAGGCAGUCCGGACCGAUUACCGGAGACGCUACCAGUGCUGCCUGGGCUACUAUGAGAGCCGGGACACCUGCGUCCCACGCUGCACCCAGGAGUGCGUCCAUGGCCGGUGCGUGGCUCCCGACCUCUGCCAGUGCGAGCCGGGCUGGCGGGGCACCAACUGCUCCAGCGAGUGUGAUGAGCAGUCAUGGGGGCCGGGCUGCGGACACCGCUGCAACUGCCACCAUGGGGCCCCCUGCGACCCUCUGAGCGGGGUCUGCUCCUGCCCCCCUGGCUUUGCCGACCCACUGUGCCACCAGCCGUGCCCACUCGGCACCUAUGGCCAGGGCUGCCGCCUGCCCUGCCCCUGCCACAACCGGGCCCCCUGCAACGCCUCCACCGGCGCCUGCCUCUGCCCCCCGGGGCUGGCCGGCCCCCUCUGCGAGGUGCACUGCCCCGAGGGGACGCCCUGCAGCAACCCCUGCCCUUGCCAGAAUGGGGGGAUCUGCCACCCCGCCAGCACUGGGACUUGCGUCUGCCCCCAUGGAUGGAUGGGGGAGAUCUGUUCUGUGCCGUGCCCCCCCGGGCGCUUCGGUCCCGGCUGUCAGGGCGAGUGUCGUUGCCACAACGGGGGCCACUGUGACCCCCAGGGGGGACAGUGCCAGUGUGCCCCCGGCUUCACCGGAGAGCAGUGCCGGGAGAGGUGCCCGGUGGGGCGGUACGGGCAGGAUUGCCGGGAGAGCUGCGACUGUGCCAACGGGGGCCAGUGCUUCCACGUGGAUGGGGGCUGCCUGUGCGAAGCCGGCUUCCAGGGCAGCCGCUGCGAGGAGCGGCUGUGCCUACCCGGCCUCUACGGCCUCCACUGCCAGAGCCGCUGCCUCUGCCACCCCCAGCACAGCCAGAGCUGCCACCCAUUGCUCGGGGAGUGCGUCUGCCACCCUGGCUGGGCUGGGCUCUUCUGCAAUGAAAGUUGCCCCCCCGGUUCCUUCGGGGCCGGCUGCCUGCAGACCUGCCUCUGCCUCCAUGGGGGGACCUGUGACGGGACCACCGGCCGCUGCCACUGCCCCCCCGGCUACACGGAUGAGCACUGCUCCUCCUUGUGCCCCUCCGACACCUUUGGGAUGAACUGCUCGGGACGCUGUUCCUGCCAGCAUGCCCUCGCCUGCUCCCCCUUCGACGGCUCCUGCCUCUGCAAGGAAGGCUGGCACGGACCUGACUGCUCGAUGCCAUGUCCCACCGGCACUUGGGGUCCCAGCUGCAACCGGAGCUGUGAGUGCGCCCAUGGGGCUGCCUGUGACCCCCAAAGCGGGACCUGCAGCUGCCCUCCAGGCUGGCAGGGCCCCCGCUGCCUGCAGCCCUGCCCGAACGGGACGUUCGGGGUGAGCUGCGGGCAACGGUGUGAUUGUGCCCAUGCCGACGGCUGCGAUCCAGUGACCGGAGAAUGCCGCUGCUUGCCGGGCUGGACAGGGCCGCAGUGCAAGCAGGGUUGUCUGCAUGGCUUCUGGGGCCGAGGCUGCCUCAUGCCCUGCUCCUGCCGCAACGGGGCCGCCUGCUCACCCCAGGAUGGAUCCUGCACCUGCGCCCCAGGGUACCGUGGCCCAACCUGCCAGCGCCCUUGCCCGCCCGGCCGCUACGGCAAGCGCUGCUCCCUGAGCUGCUCCUGCGCCAAUGGUUCCUCCUGCCACCCCACCAAUGGCUCCUGCCUCUGCGCCCCGGGCUGGCAUGGCCCCCGCUGCUCCCAACCCUGCGCCCCUGGCUCCUGGGGGGAUGCUUGUGCCCAGCCCUGCCUGUGCCACCAUGGGGGGACAUGCCACCCUGCUGAGGGGACAUGCCACUGCCCAGCCGGCUGGACAGGGACACUCUGCAGAGAAGCCUGCCCCCUCGGGACCUUCGGGCUCCAGUGCGACCAGCUCUGCCACUGCCCCCCCAACGUUACCUGCCACCCCGCCAGCGGGAUGUGCUCCUGCGCCCCGGGCAGGAUCGGGCCCCGCUGCGAGGCUGGGACCCCCGAGCAGCCCUACACCAUCGUGCCGGCCCCCCCGGCAGGCUACAGCUCCCUGGGGGUGGUGCUCAGCCUGGUGGCCCUGGUAGCAUUGCUGGUGGCCCUGGUAGCUGUGGCCUUCUGUUACCGUCACCGGCAGAAGGGGAAAGAGAGCCGGCACCUGGCUGUGGCCUACACGGCGGGACAGACAGACACCUCCGACUACGUGGUGCCAGAUGUUCCACUGAGCCACCAUGCGCACUACUACUCCAACCCCAGCUACCACACACUGUCCCAGUGCACGCUGCCAGCCCCCGGCCCCGGCGUCCAGGACAGGGCCAGCUCCCUCAAGGUGCCCAGCAUCCAGCUCUUCCCAGGUGCAGAGAGACUCUACGGCCCCGAAGGCAACGCCACACUGCCCCCAGACUGGAAGCACCUCGGCGCACCGGCCCUGGGCCCCGGGGGGGGGCAGCUGGACCGGAGCUACAGCUACAGCUGCAGCCUGGGGAAGUAUAACAGCAAAGACCACCCCCCGGACGGCCUGGGGGCCAGCACCAGCUCCCUAGCCAGCGAGAACCCCUACGCCACCAUCAAGGAGCUGCCCCCUGCCACCGCCAAGGCCCCCGAGGGCAGCUACAUGGAGAUGAAAUCCCCUGUCCAACGGGAGAUGUCCUACGCCGAGAUCGGGCUCCUCGAGGAGCCGUCCCAGGAGGAGAGUUGCCCCGGGGGGGCCGAAGGCGUGACCCCCGCAGACCCCCCCAGCCAUUACGACUCCCCCAAGAACAGCCACAUCCCCAGCCACUAUGACGUGCCGCCCGCCCGCCAUUACCCGCCGUCCCCCCCGCUGGGCAGGAAGGACCGCUGAGGGACUGUGGGGACCCCCCCACACCCCACCCCGGGGGGGCCGGGGUACCCCAGGACUGUCCCUGUCCCCGAGCCCGAGGGGGACGCAGGCUGUGAAUAAAGGGGUUGUCGGUGCGGUG